AUGGCAAUAACUGAUAAACUUUGUUUUGGAAUCUCAAUAGCAGUAUUAGUCAUAUAUGUAAGCUUAUUUGGUAUUUCAAACAUUCUUGGUUAUGGUCCCAUAAAUUAACCAUUAAGCAAUGGAAGUAUAUUUAUAGGCCAUUGUUAGAAUAAUGUAAUUUAAUAUACUUUCCGGAUCCAAAAGAUAUUUCAAAGAGUCUUUGUUUAGAAGAAUGUCCAAAGACUGGUGAUACAAAAUUACAAUGUGAUAAUUGUUCAGGUAACAUUGUUAAUACAGAGGAAUGUAAUAUAUUUUAUUAUUUAUCUAGAUAAUCAUGGAUGCUUACCUACAUUAUAUUCUUAAUUAUCAAAAGUUAUGCCUGCUUUGGAAACUCCAACUCUUAAUAACUUUACUUAAUCUUUAAUAUCAAACAGUGAAUUUCUGUUUACAGGGCUUCUGUUACUCUUAGCCUUCCUCUAUUUAAGUUAAAGAGUUACUAGGUAAUAUUUUUCACUUAUAAUUUCAUUCUAAACUAAAUUCUAUCCAUAUGGUUUAUUAUGGUUAUCAAUUAUUAUGGCAUAUCGUUUGUAAAAUUUUAAUGAUAUGGACAAACUUGAAAGAGCAGGAGAAUCAAGAUAAUUAAAUUAAUAAUCAAUUGAAAUCAUAGUUGAAGCCCUUAAUCAUAAAUCUACCUAUACUAUAUUUUUAUUGAUCUUAGUCAUAUUAUUUAUAGGAUCUGUUAUUCAUUAAAGUUUCUCUUAAAAUAAUAAAGAGGAUUAUAGAUUAAAAAGUUACAUAUCUUUGUUAUUAAGAAAGAAACUUGAAAAAUACACAUUUACAUAUAAUUCUAUAAUAUAAGUUCUUGUAAUAGUUAACUUUUUAAUAUUUUACUAUUUGAUCACGUAUAAAUUAUUUAUAAUUAUAGUGCAGCAUUGAGCAUAGGUUCAAUUAACACUUCUAAACCUGCUUUUAGUCAAUUUUAACCAUCUAUCUUAGGAAUCAUUUUAGCAAUUUUGGCAUUUUGUUUUUUUGUUUAUGUAUCUAAAAUAUUAAGAUUGUAUACUAAUUAUUUUAUAUACAUUUUUACAUUAAAACAAUUACUAUGGGAGUAAGAGGAAAGUAUAUAAAUUUCAAAGUAAGUAUUUUAUUAAUUUAGAAAUUCAUUUCAAACUUUUGGAACAAUCUCUUUAUUAGCUUUUAAAUAGAUUAUUAAUUCACCAAAAAGUAUAGGAAUUAAAUUAAUGAAUUUAAUUAAAAAGCCACAAAUAGCUCAAAAAUGGGAGAAUGACUUAUCGUUAUUAACUUCACUAACAAUAGGUCGUUAGGUAUUUUACUUGACUUAAAAUUAAUUAAAUAAUUAAGCAAUUGCUUCUUAUGAAUUAUAAGAGAGCAUAGAUGCUUUACAUAUUUAAGAUUUAGAUAUUAUUUUUUCAUUAUGUAAAGAAUACUUAAUAUAUUAAUAUUAGAUUAAUAAGCUGAAACCAUUCUUAGAUAUUCUGGAUGGUCAAUGGGAUGUUUAAUUGGAUUGGUUAAUUCACUUUUUGGUUGUGGUUUCUCCACUAUUUUACUUAUGAUUCCAUUAUCUUGUGAUCUCAAUUAUGUGAUCAGUGCAUAAAUUAUUAAAGGAUUCUUUCCUUUUGGAUUAAUUGAAGAUAAUUAAGAUGAUGUCAAAUUGAUGAAAUAUUAUAAGACAAUCAUCUUGAUUGAGAAAGAAGAAUUAUUGUCAAAAAAAAUAAAAUUAUAAUAAAAUUGA